AUUUACUUUAUUUAAAAGUCACUCUUUGGGUCUUACAUCCAACCCCAAGAACAUGUGUGUGAGUAUGUGUACCCAUAGGAGGGGAAGAAAGGAGGGAGAGUAAAAAAAGGGGAGGAUGAUUUUAGCACAAUAUAUUUUUAAGAACUAUAUUUUUUUUCCCCCUAUAGGUGCCUUAGCUGGACCAAUUAUUGUGGAGCCACAUGUCACAGCAGUAUGGGGAAAGAAUGUUUCAUUGAAGUGUUUAAUUGAAGUGAAUGAAACUAUAACCCAAAUUUCAUGGGAAAAGGUACAUGGCAAAGGUUCACAGACUGUUGCAGUUCACCAUCCUCAAUAUGGAUUCUCUGUUCAAGGAGAGUAUCAGGGAAGAGUCUUGUUUAAAAACUAUUCACUUAAUGAUGCAACAAUUACUCUACAUAACAUAGGAUUUUCUGAUUCUGGAAAAUACAUAUGCAAAGCUGUUACAUUCCCACUUGGAAAUGCUCAGUCCUCUACAACCGUAACUGUAUUAGUUGAACCCACUGUGAGCUUGAUAAAAGGGCCAGAUUCUUUAAUUGAUGGAGGAAACGAAACAGUAGCAGCCAUUUGUAUUGCAGCAACUGGAAAACCAGUUGCACAUAUUAACUGGGAAGGUGAUCUUGGUGAAAUGGAAUCCACUACAACUUCCUUUCCAAAUGAAACAGCUACAAUUGUCAGCCAAUACAAGCUGUUUCCAACCAGAUUUGCUCGAGGAAGGCGAAUUACUUGUGUUGUAAAACAUCCAGCCUUGGAAAAGGACAUCCGAUAUUCUUUCAUAUUAGAUAUACAAUAUGCUCCUGAAGUUUCAGUAACUGGCUAUGAUGGAAAUUGGUUUGUAGGAAGAAAAGGUGUUAAUCUCAAGUGUAAUGCUGAUGCAAAUCCACCACCUUUCAAAUCUGUGUGGAGCAGGUUGGAUGGACAGUGGCCUGAUGGCUUAUUGGCUUCAGACAAUACUCUUCAUUUUGUCCAUCCACUGACUUUCAAUUAUUCUGGUGUUUAUGUCUGUAAAGUCACUAAUUCCCUCGGUCAAAGAAGUGAUCAAAAGGUCAUCUACAUUUCAGAUGUUCCGUUUAAGCCCACCUCUUCCAUAGCCAUAGCUGGAGCUGUAAUUGGAGCUGUCCUUGCCCUUCUCAUCAUUGCUGUCUUUGUGACUGUGCUGCUGACUCCUCGAAAAAAGAGACCAUCCUAUCUUGACAAAGUGAUUGACCUUCCACCCACACAUAAACCACCGCCUGUGUAUGAAAAAAGAUCCCCCCCUUUGCCUCAAAAAGACCUUCUAUAUCAGACUGAACGCUUGCCUUUGCAGAGUCACUUCAAAGGAAGAGAGGUUGGCGGUCUCCAGCCCUCUAAUGGACUAAAUAGCAGGAGAUUUGAGUAUGAAGAUGAGAAUCCAGUGGGGGAAGAUGGGAUUCAGCAGAUGUGCCCUCUCUACAACCAGAUGUGCUACCAAGACCGGAGCCCUGGCAAACAUCACAGGAGCAACGAUCCCGAGAGAGUCUACAUCAACCCCCGAGAGCAUUACGUGUGACGGCUCUGCUUCUAGUGGGCGUUCUACCGAAUGUUAUUCCCAGAUUAGGGAGAGAAACCAAGGUCAAUAGUUAUUAUUUUGCUCUCUCUCAUAUAAAACGGUCCCCCUCUAAGUAUCAGAAGUCGUGAUGAAUGACUUGGAGCCAAUGGCGAAUGUCUUUCCUCCAGUAAGACUUCCUUCACCACCAGCUGUGUCUGUGACCUUGACUGCAGCUUUGUGUGUUUCUGUGACGAUGGUGUGAUGGUGUUUAACAUCUGGCCUACAGUGGCAUGUUCAUUUUAAAGUACAGCAUCUGCCUGGGAUGCCAGCAGUGAUUCUCCAGAAAGAAAGGCCCCAGCUGGGAGUGUUAACCUCACUGGGUCUCAGGCAGGCCAGCCUGUUCAUCCGUCAAUCAAACGGGCAUAAAAAGGAGUUCAAGAUCCAUUUCACUAAUUAUUUAGUUGGAAUUUGGCUUUCCCUGAUAUGCUUAAUAUAAUCACAACACCUGUGUACAAACAAGAGGCCUGAGGAAAGAGGCAAAAUUUGUUCUUUAUCCACAAAACAACAACAAAGGGCAGUUUAAACCUUCAAGCGUGUUGGUUGCUUUUAGACUCUUGCCACAUUGUAAGAGAUGCUCCUUCUUGAUCACUGAGGUCCUGAGGGGCAUAUUUCCUGCCUAGUCUGGGUAUCUGCCUAGUGUUGAUUAGCAGAGUGCUAACCGAGGUCCGUCUCUUGCUCUGUCCCUGUUCUCACACUUCUGUUCUUUACUAGCCAGAUUAGCUUACUUCUCACCUAUUAAAUUCUAAAGACCCUGUUUAAAUGGUGGACAGCCUUGAGCCUUUUUCCUCUUCUGUGGUAUUGUAUAUGACAGGCUCAGCUUUCCCUACUGAAAUCUCUUUCAAACUAAUCCCAUGCACACAGGCCUUUGCCCACUCUGCAUUCUUCAGACUACGUAUUGUCCAUGUUUUAUCCACCUCAGAAAAGCCUGCUGGAAAAUCACUGUGAAAUAACUCCUGUUUUGAAAUGACAGGUGGAAAAUUUGAAAACUUAAAAACAAAAACAAAAGAGCCACUUCAAUGUGGCAUAUGUGCUGAACCCACAAGUUGUCUUUGUGAUCCCUCCUCCCCUGCAUUACCUGGUCAACAACAAGA